AUGAAGCUGAAAUCCAUAGUGAGCUCAGCGCUGUCCUCCCUGCCAUUAGCCCUAGGUGGCUCUGUCCAUUCGCAUUCUCUCGAGAUUCCUCUUGACCAGUAUUUCAACAACAAGGGAUUUGGAUCAUACCCGGGCGAAGCUGCCCUCAGCACUCUCAAUGAAUCCCUCCCAGCUGCCCCUGUUGGACAAGAUGGCAUCUACACAUCUACGUCCACGGGGGUCUCGUACUUGUUCCCCGGAUACAACCCCGAUGCUGAUGCGCAGGACAAUGUCAUCUGCGCAGGUCAGACCAUCACAGUGCCACCCUCGUCCAGUUACUUCGCUGCCUCAUUCCUCCUGGUCUCAGAUGUGAUGUCGUCGACCGUCUCGGAUAGCAUCACCCUAGUCUACUCGGAUAACACAACCUCAACAACCGAAGUACGCGCUCCCGCCUUCUGGUGGUUCCUCACCCUCCGCCGCGGACAAAUAACUCUGCCUUUCUUCUUCACCAACAACGGCACCAAUGGCAAUGCCUCUGAGAUUUACGAGACCCAUGCGCCUGUCGAGAGCGGCAAGGAUCUCCGCGCCAUCGUUCUGCCCGACACUACCAAUUCAACCUCCGGUCGUCUCCAUCUCUUUUCACUAUCGCUGUGGGAUGCGGGGGACGCGGGAAUCAGCGUCCAAACUGUGCGGCCUACGCAAAACUGGGAUGGGCAUGGCCGACAAGUCGUCGAGGCUAUUGUCAAUCACCAUGGUGCAGAGUGCGUCUCCGGAAUGAAAGUAUUCGUCGAUGCCCCGCAAGUCUACACCCCGGAGCCAACUCUCGUCAAAAGCAAUGGUACUGCUACGGUUACUGUCACGGUGCCUCACCGCCGGCCGGUCAGGGUGACCUUCCCGGACGUCGCAGUGGGCCUCCGGAAGUGGACCCCCGAUGCCGAUAGCCUGGUUGAGCACGAGCCUCCGCAGUGGUAUGACGGUGCCAAGUUUGGCAUAUUCAUCCACUGGGGUCCCUAUGCUGUUCCCGGCUGGGGCAAUUCCACCCCGAACGAGUGCUACUCCGAGUGGUUCUGGUGGUACUCAACUCGCAUCAACGAGCAGGCUGUCGCGGACCGGUGUGGCGUCAAUGCUUACCGCCUCCGGACGUUUGGCCCGGAUCUCGCCUAUGACGACUUCUUUGCCAACUUCACCGCGUCUGUAUUUGACCCUAAGGCAUGGGUGGACCUGUUUGCAGAUGCUGGAGCGCAGUACUUUGUCUUCACCACCAAGCACCACGACGGCUUCGCCAAUUUCGACACUGGCGCCACCUCGAACCGCUCUUCUCUCCAUCUCGGCCCACGCCGUGACAUUUUGCGCGAGCUCUUCGACGCUGCUGAGACGUACCAGCCGCAUCUCAAGCGCGGCACAUACUUCUCGCUUCCAGAGUGGUUCAAUCCAGACUGGGGAAAGUAUGGCUUCACGCAGUUCGACAAGCCCAGCUCCACAUCCUUCCCAGGAAUCAUUGCUCGGAACCCCUACACUGGAAAUAUUGAGCCGUAUACAGGGCGGGUUCCGGCCGAAGACUUCAUCGAUGACCUGAUGGUUCCUCAGAUGGACAUCCUCGCCUACCAGUACAAUACCGACAUCAUGUGGUGCGACGCGGGAGCGGCCAACGGCACCGAUGCCUUUGCCGCCCGCUGGUUCAACUGGGCCCGCGACCAGGGCCGCCAGGUCGCCAUCAAUGACCGUUGCGGCAGCACCUGGUCCGCCGACUUCGACACCCCCGAGUACGAAACAUUCAGCGUUGCCCAGCGCCGCAAGUGGGAGAGCAACCAGGGCAUGGAUCCUUACAGCUACGGGUAUAAUCGUGCGACGGCUGCGGAUGAGUACAUGAACGCCACCACACUGAUACACAACCUCGUAGACAUGGCCAGCAAGAAUGGCAACCUACUCCUCAACAUCGGCCCGCGUGCCGAUGGCUCCAUCCACGAGGCCAUGAUCAGCAGUCUCCGCGAGGCUGGCUCCUGGCUCCAUGCCCACGACGAGGCUAUCUUCAAUACGACAUACUGGUAUCCUACUCCUGAAGAGCGAUCCAUCCGCUUCACGCAAACCAACGACGCGUUCUACCUCUUAAGCCUUGACCGGCCGGUACCGGGACGUCUUGUCGUCGAGGCCCCUGUGCCUGCGCAGAAAGGAGAUCGGGUUGCCGCCCUUACCAUGGAUGGAGAGGUGGAUAUGGAAUGGGGCCUUGACGAUGGCGGUUCCUUCUGGAUCGAAGUUUCCAACGACAUUGUUGAAAGGGAUAGCAUUUGUUGGGUUUUCAGGGUACAGUACAAGUGA